UGUUCAGGCUGGUCUGUCUGGUCAUUAUCUGUCGCUCGCACGCUGGUGUUGUGUUUGGCUGGCUUCUCUCACUCGCAUGAUUCCCUCAUUCUCAUCAAAACCCUGCAUCUGGCUUUACCUUUCCUUACAACAACAUCAACAACAACAGCAAGCCUUGACCACAACAGCCAACGACACGCCUUGCGCGACGCAGUCUUGCUCUUGUCCCACUACCCUCACCCAAUCUUACUGAUAAUUUAUUCAUCUCCCCCCAAACAAAAAGACCUCUCAUCCCAUUCGCCACCGGUCUCUGCAACAGGACACAAUCUUGACCCAGUCUCAUACUGGUCUGUCCUCUGCUUCGCCAUAAAGAAAAUCUUUGCCUUUUCUCAUUCCCUCUAUCCGUCACCUGUACGCUGCGGCAACGCAAUCCCAAUCGAUCCCCGUCCAGCACGCUUGAUCAAUCAAGUUUCCCCUCGGAUUACUCAGGCCCGAAUGGCAUCAUGAGUGAUAGCAACAGCCACAAAGCCGCCAGCCCGGCUAAGGGCAGGGGCCGUGGCCGGGGACGCGGCCGGGGCACCACCGGCGCUUCUCGGGGCACAAGCAAAAAGGCUGCCGUUGUCGCUGCCACCAACGGACGCGGUGUCAACCCUGCCGCCCACAAGACUACCGCCGAGGCCGUGGCCGAUGGUUCUUUUACCAGAGCCCAGGCCGCCGAGGAGCGUAGCAAGGAGCUGCGAGCCAGCUUCAUAGCCGUGUCAAACGCCAUCAAGCCGGCCCUCGAGGAAUUGGCUGAGCGGAACGUCAACCUCUUGCGGGACAGUUUCGACGCCCACGAAGAGGUGGCAGCCUUUAAGGAGAUUCGCAAGUUCCUCCAGAAUCGCUACGAUGACACGGAAAAAACGCUCAAGCGCCGAGAGCAGGCUGGACUGAACCAGUGUAGCCGUAACCUCCAGCUCCAGACCCAGCUAACCAAUCUCAAUUACCAGCGCCAAUACGACGAGGCCACAGAAGACUUUUACGACACCCAACUACGUCGAUUAGACAUCCUAGAGGAAUUUUGUCGACGAAAAGUACCUACUGAUCUGGAAGACCGUGUCUACCUAAAGACGCCUGUCUCCAAAGAUCGGAUCGAUUGGACCAAGGCCCAUGUCGAAUUUGAAAAUGGCGUCGAGGUCCCCUGUGCCAAGGUGAUCAAGGCCCAGCAUGUUCUCGAUUUUGAGACAUCUCGCCGUGAAAUGCCCGAAGAUAUGCUCCGUCCCACCUUUGUUGGCGUCAAGCGCAAGGCUGAGGCCGCGCUCCUUGACCAAGUCCCUCCGAAACGCCCAGCAAGCGCCAUGGAUGGUGACAGACCUGCCUACAUUCCGCGUCACAUUGGCGGUCUUCUCUCCGCUACCAACCCCGAUGAUGAGGAGACACCAAGUCGAGCACCCAGCCCGCUCGGCUCAAAAUUGCCGUCACCAUCACCGGAAUCCACCGCCAAGUCAUCUCCCGAUGGCGAUCGGCCGUACGUGCCUCCCGCGUCGUCAGAUCCUGACGAGCAUGGUGUCCGCCUGAUCAGCAAGCGACGUCCCGUCACUACCGAAAACUACAACCGCCUGAUGCUUCCGCCACUCUACGAGUACGAGGACCAUGAGAUUGGGUUCCGUGAUUCCUUCAAUGAUCGAAGCAGAUACAAGUCAACCCGGAUCCCGCAGUUUUUCAACAAGCCCAAUUCAUUUGCCUUUUUUGUCGAUCGCAUGAUAAGCAGCGUCGACGUUGGUACUUAUGAACCAGGUGACCUGAGCGAGGAGCUUAUUGAAAAGCAUGCACUCCACCCAAAGUAUGGAUUAUUUCUCAAAACUUCCAAAAACGAGGCAGAGCCCCCAGCCCCUGUUGUUUCUGGAGACCAUCCGAUCGUCCUUAUCGACCGUACUGGCAGAAUUCAACACGCAUCACGAUCCAUUGUUACCAAGUAUCUGGAUCAACACACCCGGGAACGGGAAGUCAAGCUUGCUCUCUCGGAGGCCCUGAACACUAUGCGUCAAGAGCAUCAGCUCGACCGUCGCCUGCUAACUCCCGAGCCUGCUGAUAAGGAGGCCCGCCGUCAGGAACUCAUUCACGAUCGUGAGGUGCCUACGCCGCAGUCUUCACGCAGUCCGUCGCCAGCACUUUCGCAACAUGGCGAGGGCUACUUAGAUGAGGAUGCCAUGGCCAUGGAUGAAGAAGACAAGCCUCCAUCGGCGGAGUCAUCUGAACACCCGUCUCAGCAGUGGCUUGAGCUCAUCGACGCCGUUGCUGUUGCCAAUGAGGAAGAGACUAGAGCAACCGCCGCUGCACAGCCAAGGCGAACCCCGUUUGAUCCGGUCCGCGACCUUCUCGACUCUCCCGCACCCCCUCCUGAGCCUUCAAAUAUUGUGGACACGGCCAAGCUUGAUGCCUUUGCCCAAAUUGCACUAUCAAACACAAACGAGAAGCUCUUGUACGCUGCCGAGGCACCUUCAUCAGAAACGAGCCCUUAUCCAAAAAUGUCUCAACCCAACAGCUUUCAGGAGCUGGGACUACCCCCAACAUCAUCCAUCGAGCGCACGUCAUCACAGUUAUCCAACCGCCCCAGCUCUCGCACUUCUUAUCCCCCACCGCAACCUAGUGCGUCCCAAUCGGUCGUUGAUUCUACCUUGACCCAACCAGAUGCACGACGCAUCUCUCAAUCUCCCAGUGUCCCACCACAGCCCUCGGGAGAUGCAUCAAUGCUCGAUCCGCGUCUGUUCGGCGAGUCGGAUACGCAGGCACAAAGCAGCGUCGCUCCUCGUGAGCCAAGUAGCCAAAACCGCCACUUCCUAUAUACAGCCUUGAACCCUGAGCCCGAAUAUGACACAGCAGGAGCAUCCUCACAUCCCUCAGAAGCACACUCGAUGCGGCCAAACAGUGCUGCCUAUCAUACACCGCCUACAGCUCGACCUUAUUAUGAAAACAACUACGAAUCCCAUGCAGGCCGUGCAUCUCCCGCACACCAUGGCGCAACAUCGCAGUAUGUGCACGCGUUUGUGCACGAUGAUCGUAUGAGCGAGCAACAGCAGCAACAACCACAUUCACAACAUCAUGGCGGUACUCCAUUCACAGCGCCGUUGGGCUCGCACCUUCCUCCGCCACCUCUCCAACCGAUACAUCAUCAUCACAACCAAUACGCGCAACAUCCCUCACAGCCAGGGCACUAUCAGAUGCAAUCAGCUUAUCAUGGACCCCAUCAAUAUCCUCCCUCUGGUAUGCCACCCCAGAUACAGCAUACGACUACACAGUACCACACAAUGCCCCUGCAGAUGGAAGCAGCGCCAUCUCCUGGUGACAUGAAUCCCCGCCAGCUGCGAUCCAGUAGCAACGGCAGCACCUCGGCAGCCACCAACGGCACUGGAAACAACAACAACCCCAAGUACAGGAAGCUCGAGCCGGCCCCGCUGCCACCACACCGCCAGGGCUCACAAUCUGGACCCGAGCUGAGGACGGUGCCUUUCAACUACCGUGAAGGGAUCAAGGACUACACAGCUUCGGAGCCUCCACCACGUCAUGGUCCUACACAGAUCCGUGGCUGGACCUACAACAACCUCAAGAAGCCGAGGGUUCCCAAAGAAUCACGAGCCUCGAAGGACUAAAUCAAAACACGGCUUACCAUCCGAAGCGCCGCCUCGCCGUCGCCCGAAUAUGUGCGGGAAAUGUCUAAGCUCACCCUCUUAUCAAACAAGCAAACCGUACACACCUGCUCGCCGUAUAACACCACUGCUGUGGACACACACAAAAGAAAUCCAAGAUCCUUGCGAGUUAUUCAUGAAUGAACGGCCUGGAGAACGAUACCUGGAUUUCCCACUUUAUUUUUCUCUCAUCUGAUGACCAAUUCCUCCUCAGAUGGGGGGGCGUUCAUACCACAUUUCCCCGGGUUGAUUUGUCUGCCUAGUUUGUUCCUUCCUCUAACACGUUUCCCUAUCGCAGGUAGGGGAUGCGAGGCUUAUGUCACAUUCAAGUUGAGGCUUGCACUUUUUUUUAUUGUUUUGUCGGACAUGAGCCCCUCAUUUCUUCACGCAAAUAUAUAAAUGUAUCUUCUUACUUUGGUCUCGUCCAGCCGUCUUUUCAAACGGCGGGUUUUAUCUCGAAGCGGCAUAGCAAAGUUGGCGUUCUGAUUAUAUCCACAAAACCCUCUGUUUGGAGGUUUUAUUAUUCUUUUUUUUUUAUUCUCUUUUGCAUCGGAAGGUCAUCUGCACGUAUGCAUAAAGCUGUUGAAAGGGUGGGGAAACAUGACUUUGAUCUUGUCAAAGUUCUUUUGCCUCUGUUUUCAGUUUCCUCUUUUAUUUUCUUUCUUGUUCCUCCUAACGAAUAUCCGCCGUCUGGGAACUUUCUAGGUUAUUUGCUUUUUUUCUCUCGCUCUCUUGGAGUUAAAAUUUUGUGAAAGGGCAUGAAAAUUCUAUGUUCUGGCUUGGAAAAUAAGAAGAUUCCUUUUUUUAUCGCACCCUAUAAUAGUCACUGUUCGCCACUGGCCCUCGGUGGCACUAAAGCCCGCAUCCAUCCACAUACAUGUCUUCAGUUUCGUCAUGCCUAUCCGGGGUUGAGGAUUUUCAAGUUUGCACACAAUAGGAGUGGCACAUGAAAUUAGAACUGUCGAGAAAUUCCAUGUGCUACUUUUAUCGGGCAUUUUCAGAAUCAGAAGGUCCCAUCACCCGUGUGACAAAAACUGCAAAUCGGAGAGAAACAAUAUCAAGUCUUUUGCAAUGCUAUGCCAUCUCAUCAAGAUGCAAACCAAAGAAUCCAACUUUUGUUCCGCCCCGAGAAAACAAGA